AAACCUCAGCAUUAUCGAUUAUUUGCGAAAACAAAUGGAUAUGCCUCGGAGGAAUAGUUGGCAGUUGAUGGUUGAGUUUCGUUGGAAUUUGGUGUUUUUUUUUUUGGAUAUGUAUCAAAAGUGGUUUUUCGUUUUUUAUGUUACUUUGGCAGUGAGUUAUGGAUUUCCCACGGACACGUUUGUAAAAAGCGUCGCGGAAAGUAAUAAUUUUGAUGAUUUCGAUAAUUACAUUCCUCGCUACGACGACAUCCCCAAACACAACCACCCCUCUCUCAACCACAUCGGCAACGAGUCUCACAUCAACUUCAAUUCAUCCGAAGAAGUCCCCCUGUUCUUCCAAGACGAAUCAACUCCAUCCUUCACCAUCGAAGUCGUCACCACGUCCCAGGGUCUUCCCAACAUCGAGCUAAUCGAUAAAGAAGUUCCAGGACUCGACCAUACUAUUUUCCAACAAAUUGAUGAUGUCUUAUCUACAACUACAAAUUCACCGUCAUCAACAACUGUAGUAACAACAGAACCAACAACUUCUUUAGCACCUACUGUAGUAGAUGUUACGAAAUCUACAGAAUCAAAUCCUACUACAGAAUUAAAGACUACUGAAUUAUCGACUACAGGAUUAGAUAAUACAGAUUUAAAGCCUCCAAAAGUGAAUCCUACAGUAAUUAAGCCUACUGAAAUAACAACGGAGUACAUUAAAAUUACUACCAAAGAAACACCGUCUACUAAAACUCCGGAAACUCCGCUCAUAAAUAACUCAUUCAAUAUUAGCGAUGUAGACAGUCCCAUAAACGAAACGACAAGAAAUCCCCGAGAAGAAGGCGAGAAAGAUGAUCCGGAAUUCGCGGAAAAAGAAUCCGAUGAAGAGGGCUCCAGCGAGGAGGAGGAAGACAUGAAUAUGGUUACUGGGAUACUUUCCGCUCUGUUAGGAGGUCUUAGUAAACCUGACGGGAGUAUAGAUUUGGAUGCUAUCGUCGGCUUAGUGGGAAGUUUGAGUACACAAAACGAAGAUGGCACAUACGAUUUCCAAGGAAUUACGGAUUUGCUGAAAGGAUUUUUCGGAGGUGGAGGUGAUGGGGGUGGCGGUUCUGACAUUGGCGCCUUUACAGGAGGAUUAUUAGGGGCUGUAAUUAAGGGAAUUGCUAAUCCACCUGGCGGGAAAGGCGUCGGAAUUUUGCUGGCAAAAAUAUUAGGCGGUAUUUUACCGGCUCUAAGUGUUCAGCCUCCGGAAGAUGGAAAACCGUCGCUUGUAAAACCCGGAGGAUUGGAUAUUGGAGGGUUUUUGAGCGGUUUCUUGAAAACUGUGUUUGGUGCAAGCAAAGGAAUUAACCCCGUCAAAGUGGUCAUAUCAACAAUUACCUCAUUAUCAAACUCAAAACCUCCUCAUCCUCCGAAAGGGAAAGGAAAUAGCGAUCGAUAACAAGGAUGAAAUUUUGUCAAAAAUAUUACUAGAAUUUUAAUUUAGAGUACAAUGAAAUUUUAAAAAUAACUCUAGGAGCUUUUAGAUUUAAAAAUUAAGUUGUAUAAUAAUUAGUAUAAUGAAAAAUUACACUACCUGACUGGUAAUGAAUUUACCUAUUAAUCUUAAAACCAUGUACACACUAUAAAUUCCACGAUAUCAGCAAUUAUAUCGAAUUGCAUCAGAUUAAUUCGAAUUUAAAAAGAUUUAUGGAGGUUUAAAUGUGUAAAACACGUGUUCAUACGUAUCUUAAAUUAAUAUUAAGUUAAUGUAUAUCUCGGGUAGUGCAUUAUGACAAUGUUGAGUAAAUAUUUCAUAUGAUUUAACUGUAUGCAAUGACAUAGAAAAUAAAUACACCUGUUAAAUCUAAUUGAGUGGUAUCAUUUAAAUCUCCUGCAUAAUUGUUUUUGAAUCCAAAAGCGAUGAAUCGACUGCAAUAUUCUGUGUCGACUGCUUUCGAUCGAUGACCAAGUCAAAAUCGAAAUUUAACAAUCAAAGAAUGAAAGAAAGUUUAAGUAGGUAAACGAUUUGUUCGACAUUGGAAGAG